CACAGCAUACACGGCAUGAUGGAGGAGGAAAAUGUGGUCCGACCCCAUCAGGAAAUUGCCGCCCUAUCGCUGGAGGAGAAAAAGUAUUUGCUUGCAGUCGAGCGGGGUGAUGUCGCUACCACGAGAAGAAUACUGGAGAAAGCGGAAGCGGAAUCACACAUCAACAUCAACUGUGUCGAUCCGUUGGGCCGGUCCGCCCUGCUGAUGGCCAUCGAUAACGAAAAUCUCGAGAUGGUGGAGCUGCUCAUCAAUCAUCGGGUGGACACGAAGGACGCUCUGUUGCACGCCAUCUCGGAGGAGUUCGUCGAGGCGGUGGAGGUGCUGCUAGACCACGAGGACAGCUGUCACAAGAAUGGUGAUCCUCAUAGUUGGGAAGCCCUGCCACCGGAUACGGCCACCUUCACGCCGGACAUAACGCCCCUAAUACUGGCUGCCCAUCGUGAUAAUUAUGAAAUAAUAAAAAUUCUGCUUGACCGCGGUGCCACACUGCCUAUGCCGCAUGACGUACGAUGUGGUUGUGAUGAUUGUGUUACUUCCCGACAGGAGGACUCGUUGCGCCACUCUCGAUCGCGCAUAAACGCGUACCGUGCGCUGGCGAGUCCGUCCCUUGUAGCGCUGUCCUCGAAAGAUCCGAUACUGACCGCCUUCGAGCUGAGCUGGGAGUUACGAAGGUUAAGCUUCCUGGAGCACGAGUUCAAGAAUGAGUACCAGGAACUUCGACGACAGUGUCAGGACUUUGCAACGGCACUGCUCGAUCACACGAGAUCUUCGCACGAGCUGGAGGUACUGCUCAACCAUGACCCCACCGGACCGGCCUUUGAACAUGGCGAUCGGAUGCACCUAAACCGAUUAAAGCUUGCCGUAAAGCUACGCCAAAAGAAGUUCGUUUCACAUCCGAACGUGCAGCAGCUGCUGGCCAGCAUCUGGUACGAAGGGUUGCCGGGCUUCCGGAGGAAAAACAUGGCCCUGCAAGCGCUGGAAAUUGUGCGAAUAGGCAUCAUGUUUCCCCUGUUUUCCUUCUCGUACAUCAUCGCACCGCACUCGUCGCUCGGCCAAACGAUGCGUAAACCGUUCAUCAAGUUCAUCUGCCACAGUGCGUCGUAUUUCACGUUUUUAUUUCUACUGAUGCUGGCAUCGCAGCGCAUCGAAACGGUGAUGGGUGGCGUGUGGGGUGCGGAGGUGAGCCAGGAGCAUGACGAAGUGCCUACCAAGCGCGGUGCAAGCCCAACCCUGAUCGAGUGGCUCAUAUUGGCCUGGGUUAGCGGACUUAUCUGGAGCGAGGUGAAGCAGCUGUGGGACGUGGGCUUGCAGGAGUACGUGAACGAUAUGUGGAAUGUGAUAGACUUUGUGACCAACUCACUGUACGUGGCAACGGUGGCACUUCGAGUCGUUUCCUACUUCGAGGUCCAGAAGGAGAUGACGUACAACAAGUACGCGGCGGACUUACCGCGCGAAAAGUGGGACACCUGGGACCCGAUGCUUAUAUCCGAGGGUCUUUUCUCUGCGGCCAACAUCUUCAGUUCGCUCAAGCUGGUGUACAUCUUUUCGGUCAAUCCACACCUUGGACCGCUGCAGGUAUCGCUCUCGCGCAUGGUGAUGGACAUCAUGAAGUUCUUCUUCCUGUACGUGUUGGUACUAUUCGCGUUCAGCAGCGGUCUCAAUCAGCUUCUUUGGUAUUAUGCGGAUCUGGAGAAAAAACGAUGUCCAGAUGUGUCCAAUUUUUCCGGACCCAAUAUCACCUCGACGGACCCGAACGCUUGCAUCGUAUGGCGACGGUUUGCUAAUCUCUUCGAAACGAUACAGACACUGUUCUGGGCCGUCUUUGGACUGGUGGAUCUGGAGAACUUUGAGCUGGAUGGGAUCAAAAUCUUUACCCGUUUUUGGGGCAUGCUGAUGUUCGGGACGUACUCGGUGAUCAAUAUUGUAGUGCUGCUGAAUCUUCUGAUCGCCAUGAUGAAUCACUCAUAUCAAUUAAUAUCGGAACGUGCUGAUGUCGAGUGGAAGUUUGCCCGUUCGAAGCUGUGGAUCAGCUACUUUGAGGAGGGCGGCACAUGUCCACCACCGUUCAACAUCAUCCCAACACCGAAGUCGCUGUUCUACAUCUUCCAGUGGGUGAAGCGAAAGUUCUGCGGCCACUCCAAGGCGGUAAAGAAGGAACACAUGAAAACGAUUCGACGGAAGGUAAAGCAGGCGAGCGAGCGGGACUUCCGCUACCAGAGCAUCAUGCGCAAUCUGGUGCGCCGGUACGUGACGGUCGAGCAGCGGAAGGCCGAAUCGCAGGGCGUCACCGAGGACGAUGUGAACGAGAUCAAGCAGGACAUAUCGGCGUUCCGGUGCGAGCUGGUGGAGAUACUGAAGAACAGCGGCAUGAACACGGCCAUCGCCACCGGGCAGGGCAGUGGUGUCGGUGGGAAGAAGAAUCGCCAGAAGGAGCGGCGAUUGAUGAAGGGCUUCAAUAUAGCGCCACCGCCGGCACCGGAAGCGGGACAGCAUCUGACGCCGGUGUCGGAGUUCAUCUCCCAACUACCGGACCAUUCACCGCAUGAGCUGUUUGCGGGUGUGUUUGGGCCGGGAUUAACCCCCAAGAAGGCACUGCACCAGGUGAACCCGAUGCAUCAAUAUUCGUCCCAAUCACAGAGUUCCUUCGGCGAGAACAAUAACCCGAUCCACAAGCUAGCCAAGUUAGCACCGAAAUUCAACUCCAAGAGUCGUCCCGGAUCACACAAGAAGCGCUGGGGCACUCUCAUCGAAGCAGCUAAACACGGCAGCGUGUCCAAGUUCAUCGGUCGCUCACGGUCCGAAGACUCGGUGUGCAAUCACGGCCCGGGCAGGGGUGAAUCGGCCAGCCAUAGUAACAGCCCGGCCUCGGACGAAGCCAUCACGGAGUCACCGUCCGAUUCGAACCCCAGUCUCGAUCGGCCCGACGUGGAACAGUGUCCCGAUCCGCACAAAAACCACCAUCGGAACCGGGACCGGCAUCAAGACCGCCGGCAGCAUGGUGGCAGCGAUCGUACGCCGCAGCACGGUACGACCGCGAACGGGAAGAAUGGGCGCGAAACGAAGGAGCAUGCGCAUCACUAUCAUCUGCAUUUCGGUGCGCUGGCAGCACUGAAGCGCAAGCGGAAAAAGUUCUCGAACAGCCGCAACUCCAGCCCGGUGCUGGAACCACCGAGCGAGCUGCCGUUGGUGACGAAUACCGUCAGCACGACGGGUAAUUCAAGCAGUAAGGUACUGAAACGUGCUUCCAGUGUACCGACGCGUGGGGCCAGUGAUGAACCGGAAGCAACCGUUACCGUUCGACCGGCCCGUCACGAAGCAACGCAAAGCCAACAGCACUCGAUCGAGCAUCAGCUCGAAGGUGCGGCACCGUUAACACCCUCCACCACGGAGGAAAGCGUUGACCAGCAACCGGCCUCAGCCCAACCGCAGACCACCCUUGCAGUGCACAAGCACCAAAAGAUCAUACGCGGUAGGAACAGCUCCAACGAACCAUUGCUACGUCUGCAGGAGCAUCGUGAUAGCAGUGAUGGCGGUACGGCAGGUGGCUGCGAACCAUCCGCCGCCGGCGUUGGAACUGGGACGGGUGGUGGACCAUCGUCAGCAUCGUCCACGCUGCGCUCGGUACCGAAGAUACCGGGUGUAACGCCGCUAAGGGGCCAUUUACACUCCCAGGGUUGGUUAUAG